AUGGGACAAAAGGGCUUUAAGAAGAACUUAUCUUUUUGGAUAUCACCCAGCAGUAACAAAGUACAUGUUGCAAAAGCGAAGAGAACUACCACAACAUUUCUUAAGGCGUUGAGACUCACUGUCAUCAUCGGUCAAGUGUUCUCAUUGUUACCCGUUGUCGGUGUCUUCAGUAACGAUGCACGUAAUAUCAGAUUUGUAAAAACCUCAUGGAAAUGCGUGUAUUCCUUUCUUUCAUUGUGUGGACAAAUUUUUAUCUCGGUGUUAUGUAUAAAGAAAGUGGCUCAUUCAACUGUUUCAUUGAAUGGAACUUCUCCGGUAAUAUUUUAUAUGACGACCUGCGUCACGAUGAUUUUGUUUUUCAAAGUGGCCCAACGCUGGCCAUUACUAGUACAGCAGAUAACCGUGUCUGAAGAAAUAAACCCUAACUUUGACGUCAACUUAAAUAGGAAAUGUAAUUUCACUUGCGCUGUGGUAUUGACGUUAUCAAGCCUGGAACAUAUCCUGUCACUAUUGUCUGCGGUAGCCGGUGCAGCAGCCUGCUAUUCCUAUGACGAUAUUACUUAUCAAAUAUUCGUGACACAUUUUUAUCCAUGGGUCUUCACGUAUUUACCGUACUCGCCGUAUUUAGGAAUUCUGACUCAGUUUAUUCACUUCCAAUCUACAUUUAUAUGGAACUUUUCUGAUCUUUUUGUGAUUUGUAUGAGCUACUACUUGACGUCACGAUUAGAGCAGGUCAACAAAAAGCUGUUAGCCGCUCAAGGCAAGUACUUACCAGAAACGUUUUGGAGAACAACACGAGAGGACUACUGUCGGGCAACGCAAACAGUACGGAAGGUCGAUGACGUCAUCAGUAGUGUAGUAUUCAUUUCCUUCGCCAACAACUUGUUCUUCGUUUGUCUUCAGCUUUUCAAUACUUUGGAGUCAGGUCCUCUUGGUGGUCAUGAAGCAGCUACCUACUUCCUUUUCUCUCUCGUGUAUUUACUUUCAAGAUCUGUAGCAGUCUCGCUAAUAGCAUCUCAAGUUAACACUGCUUCUAUUGUACCCGCUCCAGUGCUUUACGAUGUCCCUUCUCCAGUUUAUUGUGUUGAGGUAGCCGGUACCAUAGUGACUUACGAGCUGGUGAUGUUCCAAUUUAACACAACGUCGACGAUACCGUUAUCUAAUAACACAAAUCUUAAGUUAGCCAAUAUGACAUCUACUAUGAUGACAACUCUGGCAGCUCCUUAA